AAAUUUUCUAGUUUGAAUGUACUACACCCAUGUGUAGUGCUACAAACAUUUCAGUGAUAUUACUGUGGGACCGAAAGCGCAAUCUCGAUGCUCGGGCACGCGCCUAGACAGAAACUAGCGAGCUUUAAAUGAGCGAGAGACACACACCCCCUUGCGCCCGCGAUGUAUACUGGGAAAUUGAGUCUCCAGUCGAUUAGGAAAGAUGGCGGAUGUGCAGCCGCCACCCCUCCGGAGCCUGGAUGAUUUUCUCCUGAGCUCGGCCCGGUUUUCCGUGCCCGAUGUGCGCGACCUGGACCGCUGGAACAACCGCAUCAUCAACAACCUGCUGUAUUACCAGAGCAACUAUUUCCUGUCUGCGCUGAGCUUCCUGCUCAUAGUGGGGUAUUUCCAGCCCUUCCAGUUGCUUGUCGGGGCACUGGUGGUCACCCUGUUAUUUCUGGGCUUUGUCUGGGUCGCUGAGAACCAAGCUCCCAUCCGUCGUUUCCGGAGAAACCACCCAUCAGUCUCUGUGUUUGGCAUUCUUUUGGCCAGUUACCUCUUCAUAUCGGUGCUGGGGGGCGUGGCUGUGUUUCUGUUUGGGAUAGCCUUCCCUAUACUGAUGGUACUGCUCCAUGCGUCAGUGAGGCUGCGUAGCCUGAAGAACAAGCUGGAGAACAAACUGGAGAGCAUCGGCCUGAAGAGGACGCCCAUGGGACUGCUGUUAGAGGCGCUGGGACAGGAACAGGAGGCUGGAUCCUAGACAGAAGGAGGAGGAAAUGUGCAGAGGUGGGGGAUACUUUGGGUGCCAUGAGAGAAACAAUAUAGGAGGAGAGAACUACUGCAGGGAACAAGGAAGACUAGAAAGAAAAAUGAAGUAAAAAGAGUAAGGAACAAAAGGGGUGCUUUGGUUUGUUAAAAAGUGUUAAGUAGGAAGUAUUCUGUGGUCCAGUAGGAAAGCAUAGAAAGCAUAAUAACAAGCAAAUAAUCAAAUCAUCCGCCUUUGCACUUUAAGCGCACAUUGUCUUGUUUGUUGUUUGUUUGUUCUUUCGACAUGAUACAUUUCUGUGUUAAGUGGUGUGUGCAGUGUCGUAGCCAUAUAGGCACCAGUACUUUGAUUAUAUGCUUAUUGGUGAAAACAAUUCUAACUUAAGGCCCUUCAUGUCUCCCAUGACGUGACACGAUAAUGCUGACUGAUCUUCUAACUAGUUAAAAUCUCCUAAUUUUCUUGUCAAGUUUGUUUUAUUUUAAAAAUAUUUCUCGUAGAAUUUUUUUUUGUAGAUUUUUUUUCUUUUUUCUUUUUCCAACUUUGUUUAUUGCUUUUCUCAACAAAAACAGACACAACACAAAAGACCGUACAGAUGAUAAAACUGAAAAUAGUUAGUGAACCAAUUUUGCAAGACAAUAUAUGCAUACAUUGAUGGUAAUCAAGAGCAAUAUAUACUUAAAAAAACAAACAAUCAAGAAAUUACAAUAAAAAUUCAGGAAAAAAUACAACUCAGUAUUUAUAAAUGACCACUUUUUCCUCUACACUAAAAACAGUUUCUUGUGAGUAGUAUGACUUUUUUCUCAGUAUACUAUAAUUAUUUAUUUUUCAUCAAAUUUACAACCUUAUUUAUUGUAACAUUACAGCUCUUUUCUAAAAAACAAAACAAAAACCGUGGCCUGAUUUCCUCAGCAAUACUUCCUCCCUGCUAUGUGAGCCCCUCCAGGGUGUCCGCACACUUCAUAUGCACAACAGAAAAACCAAAGUCGUGAUACUGUGCCAUGGAUGUUGUAGUUGUAGUACUACUAAUUAGCCUUUUUAUUCUCUCGUCAUAGAAAGACAGAAUAUAAUUCCACAGUGUGACAGUAAGUAUGUCCAUACUGUUAAUAUGAAGUAUGAAACAGUUCCAUUAUAUUAUUAUUAUUAUGGCUACAGACCACUGCACCUGUAUGUGAACUACUUGCCUCCAAUGUGUGGGAUCACUUCUGUCUGCCAUUUCAGGAUUUUGUCACUAAAAUCAACCAACAAAUUGGAAACAAUUGAGUCGAACCCAGUGGAAGUUUGGUUUCAAUAAUAAUAUAGUUGUAAAUGUAAGCUCUUCUGUGUUUAGUUUGCAUGUUCUCCCCAUUUCAGCGUGGGUUCUCACCGGGUCCUCUGGCUUCCUCCCACAGUCCAAAACAUGCACUUAGGUUUAAUUGGUGACUUUCAAUUGCCCGUAGGAGUGAAUGAGAGUGUUAUUGUCUGUCUCUAUGUGUCAGACCUGUGAUAGUCUGGAGACCAGUCUAGGGUGUACCCCGCCUCUCACCUAAUAUCAGCUGGGAUCGGCUCCAGCCCCCCACAACCGAGUGCAGAUAAUGUUUGAGGAUAAUGAAUGAAUGAAUAUUUAGCAGAGGCGAUGGAGGUGGUGGACCAAAAUCAUGACACUUUUAUGGUAUUUAAGUUACUUGAUCUGCAUUAACUGCCUUCAAAUGAAUUCCUUUUUACCUUUAAGGUUGACAUUAUUUUGUGCUGCUUUGAGUCCUUACAUUUUAGAAGAAAAGUUAGAAGAAAAUGGGAGGUUUUAUAUGAAGAACAAAAUGAAUUAGCUCUUUCAGUCUAAGACUCUCUGGUGAGAAUAACAAAGCUGACAGGAGCUCAUAUGUGAAGGAAACAAAUCCACCCGCUUUUAAUGAAUAAUUUCAGUAAAUGUGUAUUUAUCCAGAAUAAAAGGCUUCAUCCACAGAGCGGCCUCACUGUCCUCACUGCUGGACUUGUAGUGCUGCCUAUUGUGAGAAGCUCUACUGGAAAAAAUGAAGAACUUUGGAUUUACCAACUUAAAUCCUUGCUACCAUGAAUAACCACUAACCAAUAAAGUGUGUUGGUUGCUGUGCCAACACUUGUGGUAACUGUAGUUUGCAAUUUUCUCUGUUUUUAGCCUUGCUAGCAAUGUCAGUCCACCACUUUGGUCCAAGAUGAAAAUAUACUCACAAAUACCAGAUGGAAUUUGGUUAGCUACAAAGUUUCUGAUACCCAGAGGAAGAAGCUCACUGACAUUACUGAUCCUCUGAUUUGUCCUGUGGCGGCACCAUUUGGUCAAAGUUUUCAAAUAUUUCAACAUAUGCUAAAUGAAUUGGCAGAACAUUUCUAGCGCAAUCAUCAGGUAAUGUUAUAUAAAUGCAUAUACUAAUAUGCCAAACAAAGAUUGCUGAACAUGAACUAAUGAUGUUGGCAUUCAGACAUUAACAUUUAGCUCACAGCUCGCUCCAUGGCUAAAGACUCUUAGGGUGCUUUCACAACUCAAAGUUUAAUCAGUUCUAAUCAAACUCUGGUGCAAUUAAAGCCUUGUUAUGGUCCAUUUGGUUGCUUGUGAAUGUUCCAAUCGUACUCUGGUGUGGACCAAAACAACUGGUCCAAGACCACUUGCAGAGAGGAUCUUGAUCCGUUUCCAAACGGUCCCUAUUGCAGUUUGAUUACACUGUGAACGUAAUCCGACCAGAAUCCGACCCAAUUAAAGGAAAUUAAUGAAGUGAACCAAAAUGCAGUGGAUUGUGGGCUACCUGUGCGGUGAGAUGUACACAGAUAAUAUUAUAAAGAUGAAAUUUGGGUACUUCAGUUUCACUCUGUAGGCUACCACUGAGCUAAAGCUAAUUUGUCAUUGCAGAAAUAUCAACAUUUUUCUCAAAACAGCAGAUUUUGAUUAGUGGUUGGAGUGCAUCAAGGCUCACCUUCUCCGAUUGUACAGCUGUCUGAUCGCAGCAUGUUGGAGUGUUUCUCUCCACAUUAGAUUGGUUGGAACACCAGAGCAGAUUACGACCAGUAUAACUAAACAUACUCAGUUUGUGCUCGGUUCCAAGUUGCUUUGUUUAAAUUUUUCACCCCCAACUUUUCAACCAAUAAGAUAUAAUAGUGCGAGUAUAUUUCCAGCCCUCCACCUUCAUACAGGCCCAUCUUCAAAUCUUUUUUUAAUUUUGUCCAUUUACAUUUCUGCACUGUGAAAGCAAACCAGACUAAAAACAAAACAAACCAAAUGUAUCAAUUUCACUCUGAUUCGGACUAACCAAAUGGACUUGGGUUGUGAAAGCGACCUUAGACUAGUGUUUAUUAUUAUUUAUCAAUAACAAAAAAUUGUCUGAAAAGUCCACAAUCACCACCAACCAAACCAGUAUCAAUAUGGGAUUUAAACCUUCACCUACAUUCCAUAAACUUGAACACAUUAGACUACACUAGUGUUUACGUCAGAUAAUAAACAGCACAUGGUGCUUUCCUGCUGUGUAGACCUGAUGGACAGCAGUUCUUUGAGGAACAAUAAAACAGGUGUUGUGUUUUUCAGCUGUUUUAUAGCAAAUAAUUUUGUCUUUGACUCAUUGAAAUGGUAUUCUGCCUGCCUGCUGUGGGGACUUUGCUUUAUUUAAACCUGAUAUAAAGACAUGGGAAAUGUGUUGUAAACAUGUGUAUGUGGUACCCUACAUCUGCACUGUGUACUCCUUAUUUUAUUAGAUUAUUUUCAUUCCUUUGAUGGUUUCAAAGACAGAUUCUUCAUGACUGUUGUGUAACCUAAGUUUGUGAAGCUGGCUGCAAGAAGGUUUCUUCCACUACACCAUGUCUUUCUGUCCAACUGAUUUAUUAAGAUGCAGAGAAUCCCAGCAUUUGUUUUCAUGUUUGCAUUUGUGAGUCUUAAUCAUACUUUUGAGAAUUGAAAACUUUGUUAGCAUCAGUGCCCCCGAAGAAACAAAUAGCACUGUUAGGAUGUCUUUUUUCUUAUUGUAUAUACGUGCCAUUGUACUUUUCAUAUUUGCCAAAUAUAACUAUGUUUAGUGGCCCUUCUGUUACAUGACUCUGUAGCUGCUAUUAGUGUAGUAGCUUCACUAAACACAAGUCAGGAAAAACACUUCAAUCUGUACAGACAGAUAUGCUUUUUGGUCUCCUUUGUAAUUCAUAUUCAAUGAUUUGCUUAGUUACUAAAAGGAGAAUAUUUCUUUAUGACAGUGGACAUGUAACUCAUUUUACAGUUGAUUUUGAAUAUUCCGUGUUGCCUUACAUUCAGCUAAAUGUUUGAAUUUUUACUCAUCAACAUGUCUUUGAAUGUUUUGCCAAAAGCUUGUAAUGACAUUUAUUUAAAGCAUUUUCUAAAUAAAACAAGAAUGCUGUACUGCA